AUGGCCCCCUCUGAUAUUGUUGAGCGCAUGCAGGCAGCUACCGCUGCUCUGACAAAUAACGAGACCGGUUCUCGGGAGACUCUCCUGAGCCUCAACCGAGAGCUUCUUGCCGAGCUCGAGACUCCUUCCGAAUUUCUCCAGCGCGUCUACUUCGCCACGCACUCCUUGUCCGGAUGCCUGGAGAUCGCUGUCAACACCCAGCUCUUCCAGCAUGUUCGUGAUGCUUGUGAAGGCAUCAGCACGGACGCUCUCGCCGAGAAGACAGGCAUCACUGUUCCCGUUCUCGUGCGCAUCAUGAGGCAUUUCGUUGCCAAUAGCGUUGUCAAGUUCUCAAAGUCCAAGGGGUGGCAGCCAACCGAGCUCUCCAAGGCCCUAGCCGCCGAGAACUAUCAGCACAGUAUCUUAUUUUGCCAGCGAGCUGCCGCCACCUCCUUCAAGGGCUUCCCAGAGCAUUUCAAGUCUGCCGGGUACAAGCCUCCCGGUCUCACUGAUGGGCCGUUCCAGUCUGCUCACAAGACUGAUCUCCCAUUCUUCCACUGGCUUGGUGCUACUCCUCCAUUCGUCGACUACUUUGCUUCUUUCAUGUCUGUGUACCGUGCCGGCCAACUAGACUGGUGGCAGUUCUACCCCGUUGCCGAGAGACUCACCGAGGGAUUUGACAAGGCUGUGAGUGAGCACUUUGUAGUCGAUGUUGGUGGUGGCCGUGGCCACGACCUCACUUCUUUCGCCAAUGGUAUCAAGCCUGCUCCGGGAAAGCUUGCCCUCCAAGACCAGCCCGAUGUCGUUGCCAGUGUUGAGAAGACCGACCUCUUCGAGAUCCAAGCCCAUGAUUUCUACACUCCUCAGCCCGUUAAGGGCGCUCGAGCUUACUUCCUACACUCCAUUCUCCACGACUGGAGCGAUAAGGAUGGAGUCCGAAUCCUGCAGAACCUCAAGACGGCUCUGGCUCCAGGCUACUCGCGCGUCCUCCUCAACGAGAUUGUCUUAUCUGAGGAGAAGCCCUCUGGGCCUGCUACCUCCAUGGAUAUGAUGAUGCUGGGCCACUUCGGCGAAUCUCGUGAGCGCUCUACCGAGGAGUGGGCCGCCAUUGUCACCGAAGCUGGCUUUGAGAUCGCCAACAUCUACUCCCACCCUGCUUCCCCCGAGAGUGUCAUUGAGCUUACUCUCAAGUCUGAAUAA